AUGGAGAUUUCCUCUCAUCAGUCUCAUCUCUUGCAACAACUGAAUGAACAGCGUAGGCAAGAUGUGUUUUGUGAUUGCAGUAUUCUAGUGGAAGACCAAGUCUUCAAAGCACACCGAAAUGUGCUAUUUGCUAGUAGUGGAUACUUUAAAAUGUUCCUCUCCCAGAACUCAAAGGAGACGAGCCAGCCAACAACAGCUACUUUUCAGGCUUUCUCCCCAGACACUUUUACCGUUAUACUGGACUUUGUCUAUUCUGGCAAACUCUCUCUUACUGGUCAGAAUGUGAUAGAAGUGAUGUCUGCUGCUAGCUUCCUGCAGAUGACUGAUGUCAUCAAUGUGUGUAAGACCUUCAUCAAAUCCUCAUUAGACAUUAGUGAGAAAGAAAAGGAUCGCUAUUUCAGUCUCUCAGAUAAAGAUGCCAAUUCGAAUGGUUUAGAACGUUCUUUUUAUAGUAGUGGUUGGCAAGAAGAAAGCAGCUCUCCGCAUUCCCAUCUAAACCCAGAUCAAGGAACAGGUGGAGUAAGUGGGAAGUCUUGGAGUAAAUAUAGUUAUCAUCCAAAUUCCCAAAGGAAUACACAACAAACUUUGGCAAAGCAUGAACAGAGAAAAGAUUCCAUUAAGAAGUCAAAACAUCUGAGGCUCUCAAAACCUUCGGAAGUUACUCAUUAUAGGUCUAAUAAACGGGAAGUACAGACAUCUGAUUCUUCUAGCCACGUUUCCCAUUCUGACGAACAAGAACAAAUUGAUUUGGAAAUGGACUCUGCUCCUAUGGACUGUCAGUAUGGUCAAGGAGCUGAUGGCAUAUCCAAAAGCUUUUCAGAUGAUCUGUCCCAGAUGCGGUUCAAGUGCCCAUACUGCACACAUGUGGUGAAAAGGAAAGCUGACCUCAAGCGCCACCUUCGCUGUCACACGGGAGAAAGGCCCUACCCUUGUCAAGCUUGUGGGAAAAGAUUCAGCAGGCUAGACCAUCUUAGUAGUCACUUUCGAACAAUUCACCAGGCUUUCAAACUAAUCUGCAGGAAAUGCAAGCGCCAUGUGACAGAUCUAACAGGGCAAGUGGUGCAGGAAGGCACCCGGCGCUACAGACUCUGCAAUGAGUGUCUUGCUGAGGUCGGCAUUGACAGCCUCCCCAUGGACUUGGAAGCUGAGCAUCGUCUUCUGUCCCCGCCAGAUGGAGACAAGGAUUCUAGAUGGCACAUGAGUGAAGAUGAGCAUAAAUCAUACGUGGAGAUUGUUGAGGAUGGGUCUGCUGAUCUGGUCAUACAACAGGUUGAUGAUAGCGAAGAAGAAAAGGAAAUAAAGCCCAACAUUAGGUAGCUGUCAUGUGAAUCCACAGAACUGGCACAUCUGCAACUUAGUGUGACUUCCUGCAUCUCUGUCUUUCCAUGGUCAGAGCCAGGUUAACACUUUUAUCCUCUGGACUGCAGAGUACUGACCUGCCAUAAUUUGCAUGCUUUCUGAACAGGCCUUUGUGCCUAUUCUGAACUGUGUUGCCCUAAAAUAUGUUGCUGCACUGGAAAGAAAGACAUAGCCCAAGUUGGCAUGAU